AUGGGUGAGCCAGCCCCCUCGUUCAGCGAAAUUCUAGAGAAAGGAUACCCUCCAGAAUGGGUACCCCUCAUCGCCCUCGCCACUGCCAUGACUCUUGCUAUGUUGGUUAUGGACAUCCGGGCGGUCAUAAAACACAAAAAGUACUGCACCAAGUUUCCCAUCCAGUUUUUGUGCACAGUCGGGAUUCUCCAAGUUUACCCCUUCUUCAGCUUCAUGCAGCUAGUGGGGAUGAUAGUGCCUAAAUCUUAUGAGGUAACGGUUUUCUUGUCUGAAGGAUUAGAGGCCCUGACGUUUCUCUUCUUCCUGCGACUUGUCUUCACGUACAUGGGAGGGAAGAAAGCUACUAAGUCUACUCUGAAAGGUGCUCAUAUGCAUCUCAAUGUCCCUCCUCUGUGCUGUUUGGUAUGCUUACCCUCUGUUAAAUUCACUAAAACGUUCUUCAUCUUCUGCGAAGUUCUGGUCGGCCUCUAUGCAGUUUACUGCCUUGGAGUUGGGUUUGCAGAGUUGAUAAUAAUGCUUGAUGCUGAAGAAGGGUAUCCAAACGCAGAUCAAGGUGCCAGUGUACUGACGGGAACCUUUGGAACGGUCUACCACGUGACCUUGGUUGUGCUGCUCUUCUUUGCUAUAUAUGGUCUGUCAGGAAUCUACCACAGUGCAGAGGAGUCGCUGCAGCACAAAGGUAUCGUUGCAAAGUUCCUAGUUUACAAGAUCUUCACACUUCUGGCAAAAUUCCAGGACGUGCUCUUCGGCACUCUAGUUCACCAUGGUGUUGUAAAAGAUGAACAAUUCAAAUACAACGACAUAUGGCCCGCUGGUCUAAGAGUACGAAACUGUCUUGCAUUUGUUGUUUGUGUCGAAGCUAUGAUUUCAUUUCCAUUAGCACUGAAAUUUUACAACACCGCUGACUAUGUUGUCACAGAUGAUGGCGGAACAGAUGAAGGAGGUCUGGACAUGAUGAAAAAUGAAGUCGCAGACAAGGUGGACGAGGACACAGAUUUAUCACUGGUUUAA